AUCUUAGCGCUCCCUCCCCUGGUGCGGCGGGAUUGAAUGAGUCGCUGCCCGCCCGCCCGCCAGCCCAGCGCCAUGUCAGGCACUCCGAGCCGCGGCACCCCCGGCGGGACCCCGCUGUCGCCGACCCGCAUCUCCCGGCUGCAGGAGAAGGAGGAACUGCGGCAGCUCAAUGACCGCCUGGCUGUUUACAUUGACCGUGUGCGGGCACUGGAGCUGGAGAACGACCGUCUGCUGCUGAAGAUAUCGGAGAAGGAGGAGGUCACCACCCGGGAGGUGAGUGGAAUCAAGAGUCUCUAUGAAUCUGAACUGGCUGAUGCUCGAAGAGUUCUGGAUGAAACUGCCAAAGAGAGGGCUAGAUUACAAAUUGAAAUAGGAAAACUGAGAGCAGAACUUGAGGAGUUCAAUAAAAGCUACAAGAAGAAAGAUGCAGAUUUGUCUGUGGCUCAGGGUCGUAUCAAGGAUCUGGAAGUUCUCUUCCAUAGAAGUGAGGCAGAACUCAAUACUGUCCUGAAUGAGAAACGCAGUCUGGAAGCAGAGGUGGCUGAUCUGCGUGCCCAGCUUGCUAAGGCUGAAGAUGGUCAUGCUGUGGCAAAGAAGCAGUUGGAGAAGGAGACACUCAUGCGUGUGGACCUGGAAAAUCGGUGCCAGAGUUUGCAAGAGGAUCUGGAUUUCAGGAAGAAUGUAUUUGAGGAGGAAAUAAGGGAAACAAGAAAACGACAUGAGCAUCGUUUGAUUGAGGUGGACACAAGCCGCCAACAGGAGUAUGAAUCCAAAAUGACUCAGGCUCUGGAAGAUCUGCGAAAUCAACAUGACGAACAAGUCAAACUGUAUAAGAUGGAGCUGGAGCAGACAUACCAGGCUAAGCUGGAGAAUGCCAAAUUGUCCUCUGACCAAAAUGACAAAGCUGCUGGUGCAGCUCGAGAGGAGCUGAAGGAGGCUCGCAUGAGGAUAGAAGCUCUCAGCUACCAGCUUUCUGGUCUUCAGAAACAGGCCAGUGCAGCAGAAGAUCGCAUUCGGGAACUGGAGGAAAUGAUGGCUGGAGAGCGGGAGAAGUUUAGGAAGAUGCUGGAUGCAAAGGAGAGGGAAAUGACAGACAUGAGGGACCAGAUGCAGCUUCAGCUUACGGAGUACCAAGAACUACUUGAUGUUAAAUUAGCACUGGACAUGGAGAUCAGUGCUUACCGAAAACUCCUGGAAGGAGAAGAGGAAAGGUUGAAGCUCUCUCCAAGUCCAUCCUCCCGUGUCACAGUCUCUCGGGCUACCUCCAGCAGCAGCAGCAGCAGCACUUCACUUGUUCGCUCUUCCCGAGGCAAGAGAAAACGUAUUGAAGCAGAGGAGCUUUCCGGCAGUGGAACCAGUGGGAUCGGCACUGGAAGUAUCAGUGGCAGCAGCAGUAGCAGUAGCUUUCAAAUGUCCCAGCAAGCUUCAGCUACAGGAAGUAUCAGCAUAGAAGAGAUAGACCUGGAGGGCAAGUAUGUUCAGCUUAAGAACAACUCAGAGAAGGAUCAGUCUUUGGGUAACUGGAGACUGAAAAGACAAAUUGGAGAUGGAGACGAAAUUGCUUACAAAUUUACUCCUAAGUAUGUCCUCAGAGCUGGGCAGACUGUUACAAUCUGGGGUGCAGAUGCGGGUGUAUCUCAUAGCCCCCCUUCUGUUCUCGUGUGGAAGAAUCAAGGCAGCUGGGGCACUGGUGGAAAUAUCCGCACUUACCUCGUCAACUCUGAAGGAGAGGAAGUUGCAGUGAGAAGCGUUACUAAAUCAGUAGUUGUGCGAGAGAAUGAAGAGGAAGAAGAUGAAGCCGAAUAUGGAGAGGAAGACCUUUUCAACCAACAGGGUGAUCCCAGAACAACCUCUAGAGGAUGCUCAGUGAUGUGAAGAAAGAAGAAAGAAACUAUUAUUUACGCUUUUCCCCCUUCAUUUAUUUCCUUUUAUUUUUGCUAUUUUUUCCUUCCAGAGCCACUGAAAACUAUUUUUAUAUGCAUCACCUGAUUUCUUUGACGUUUACUCCUUGGUACAUUUUUAUAAAAAAAUUCAAAAAAACUUUACUGAACAAAACUGCCA